AUGGAUGAUUUGGAUAUGCAUGACAUCGAAAAUAAUCAUCUCGAUGAAGAAAAUCAUCAGUUCGUUUCUAAUGAUUCAGAGAUUCUUCAUAACGAGGGAAAUCAAUCGGAAACCCAAGAUAUGAAUGACAUCGGAAAUGAUCAUUACGAUGAAGAAAAUCAUCAAUUCAGUUCUGGUGAUUCAGAGAUUCUGCAUAAUGAUGAAAAUCAAUCGGAAAUCCAAGUUCAAAGUGACAAUGUUGCAACACAAUAUGGCUCUUGCAAAAAAUUCAUUGGAGUUGAUGGUUCUUUCUUUUCGAUUCCAGAGGUUGAAGCUAGUUGGAUACCUCAUAUGGGUUCAAUUUUUAAAGAUAUCAAAGAUGUUAUUAAGUGGUAUAAAGGAUAUGUAUUAAGAUCUGGUUUUGAUAUUAGAAAAUCAACAGAGAGGAAAAAGAGUGGAAUAACAACUUUGAAAUAUUUUAUAUGCAACAGAGGGGGAUUGCCAAACACUUCUACUUUAGACACAAUUAGGGAUGAUCAUAACAAGCAAUUAAGAAAUAGUAAUUGUAAACGCACAAAUUGCAAAGCUUUUGUUGCAUUCAAAGUUAUACCACAUUCUUCAGAAGUUUACCUGUGGCGCUUUGAACAACAACACAACCACAAAUUGAUCAAUCAAGAUUGUAUGCAUCUUUCAAGAGCUAAAUGUCAGUUGGAUAUUGUUGAUCAAGCUUUUAUACAUAAGCUGUCGAGUGCAAAGGUGGGGGCAACUACAGCAUAUAGGCUAAUGUGUGUUAUAAAAGGAGGAUGUGAAUUUGUUGGUGGACUAGAGACAGAUUGGAAAAUUUUUACAAGGGAUAUAAAUUGUCACAUCGGGGGCACUGAUGCAAAUUUGUUGAUUACAAAGCUUCAGAAUCGUAAAGAGAAUGUUACAAAUUUUACAUACGAAUACAAAUGUGACAAGAAGCAGUAUUGUAUGGUAUUUGUACCUUUUACUGGCAUUGAUAAUCACAAAAGGUGUGUCACAUUUGGAGUUGGUUUGUUGUGUAGAGAAGAUACAAAUUCCUAUAUUUGGUUACUCCGGUCAUUCUUGAUGUGUUUUGGAAAAGCACUAAUCAUGGUCGUGACCGAUCAAGAUCCAACAAUGAAAAAAGCUAUUGAGAUAAAUAUUAAAUGA